UUCUCAUCCAUCACAAUGAGCAACAAAUUCCUGGGCACCUGGAAACUUGUCUCCAGUGAGCACUUCGAUGAUUACAUGAAAGCUCUGGGUGUGGGGUUAGCCACCAGAAAACUGGGAAAUUUGGCCAAACCCCGUGUGAUCAUCAGCAAGAAAGGAGAUAUUAUAACUAUAAGAACUGAAAGUACGUUUAAAAAUACGGAGAUCUCCUUUAAGUUAGGUCAGGAAUUUGAAGAAACCACAGCUGACAACAGGAAAACAAAGAGCAUUGUAACCUUAUCAAGAGGCUCAUUGAAUCAAGUGCAGAAAUGGGAUGGCAAGGAGACGACAAUAAAAAGAAAGUUGGUGGAUGGGAAAAUGGUAGUGGAAUGUAAAAUGAAGGGCGUGGUCUGCACCAGAAUUUAUGAGAAGGUCUGAGAAAAUUGUUUCCUCAUUGAAGUGAUAUUUGAUCAUUUGAUGUUGGAAAUCAACGGUUUUCGUUGGCAAGGCCCGACUACUCUGCAAUUUAUCUGUUUGUUUUUGCUUUUGUCCUAAUAGAUCAAAUAGGUAAAGGCCUAAACUGAGGAUUAAUCUAAAAUUCAAUGUUGUUUAAACAUUUUCAAUUUGUAUGC